AUGUUUACACAGGCCUGUCUUGAGACCAUCGGCCUUGUUCUAGUUGGACAAGGAGAGGGAGUCAUAGACGCCAAGGACAUCUCUAGAUCCUUCUUCUACAACUCCCGUCAGCCUCUCCUGACGACUCCACAUACGACUCUUGAGGAGUAUAGCGCCCAGUUUAAUCGCGUAAAUGGUCGUUGGGAGAGUAUAUGCUUGGGUCUCAUUGCCAUUUCAAGGGCGACUAUGGGAUUUCGUCAACCUACACGCCCUUUCCCUACUGAGGCCCAGCUACGACACAUACGGCGAUUGACCAUGCACUUUGCUGACAGAUGUAUCGAUAUUUGUCUCUCCAUGGAUUGCCUCAAUGACCUACAGCUCAUACUUCAAUAUGAAAACUUCAUCCUGCAUUCUCUUGUCGAUGGUUAUGAGUCUUGGAGGAGGUUGGGGGAUCUUUCGAGUUCUCUAUUCGCUCUUGGUUAUCACCAGCAACUGGAGAGCAGUGGACCUAUACCGCCCUUCCUCCGAAGUCUACGCCAAGCGGCAUUUGCAUCCUCUUACUCCGCUGAUAAGAAUGUAUCCAUCUUUCUCGGCAGACCCCCCCGAAUAUCCAGGAAGUUCUGUCAUUUCCGGCAGCUCAGCCUCGAUGCGUACUACUCCUACACCUGGGCCCCUGAUUCCAAGCUCGACCUAUUUGCUGAUGCGCGCUGGGCAGCCCUUUGUGCGAUUCUGAAGGAGGAGAUCAUAGUGGAGCUGUUUGGGGAAGAGCAAUUUGACAAGAGAGUUGAGAAAGCACGCCACAUCCAAACCACCGCAGAACUGCAGUGGUCAUCAUUACCGCAACACUUUCGGCUUGAAAUGCCUAUGAAAUCUUAUGAUCGACCAGCUGCUGAGCUAGAUCUCAUGCUCGGUGCCAAGCUCAAACACCUUCACGUUCUAUUUCUUCAGCAUCUCGCGCUGGUCCGUCGAGUCUCAGAACCCGAUACUCAACUCCGCAAUAUUGCACAGGAAAUACUCGGCCUCGUAGUGGAAGCUAUCCUCUUCAAAGAUCACCUAGUGCACUCUGGAACAUCUCUCACCUGGAAAGUGGUAUACUACGGUCUAGCAGCAGCAGGUGUCACUUGUUUGUCCUUGCUCCAGAAUCAGCAACCUGCAGAACAUGAAGCAGUUGCUAGUCCCAAGGUACUUCGAGACCUCGGCGUGUUGGUCGCCGAAAUUGAAUUUGGGACUUUGGUCUAUAAAGAGGAUGCCAACUAUGCAUUAUUGGCUGGAGCUACACAGACUAUCAAGAAUAUUCUGGAUAGUAUCUCCAGAUCCAGACUCAGUCAACGGCGCUUGACUGUACAGGCACCUGAUGCUGCGGUUCAGGAUGACCCCGAACUUGGUUCCACAUCGUGGGACCUAUGGGGCACAGGUAAUCUACAGGACUUUGAUACCAACUUUUGGCUCAUGCUAGCAGAGCACCCCUUGACAUUUAAUACAUAA